UUUUGAAAUCAUUUUUCUUCGGUAUUUUUUUUUUUAGUUUUGGAAAUUGUCCCAAAAUCGGGUUUCGAUUUGUCAACAUGUUCAUCGAGUAGCCCUGCCCUAACCCUUUCUGACGUUUGACAGCUGACAAACGUCAGUGCAACACACGAACCCAAUUCAAAAGCAACGAAUAAAAUCCCCGCUCCAAAACACAGAUCGCGUCCAGUGAUGCUUCGCUGCUGCCGCUGUUGCUGAUACACAGAGAAGAAAGUUAAAUGUAAAAAUGGCAAUUCCAACCGCCCGAGUGUUAAUAAACGAUCUAGAAAACAAGGAAGAGUUGUACGCAGUGCUGCAGGAAGAGCUACGCAAAAGUGGCAUCAAAUAUCGGAAAGAAAAAACCUCCAAAGCGUGUAAUGAUAAAACAAAGUGCAAACGCAUAUUCAAAAUACCGCUGCAUGCACUGGAACUGACCGAUGUGAUGCUAGCCAGCGGUGGAAUGGUACAGAUUCCUCUGUUCGUAUCGAACGCUUGUCAGUUUAUCCUGGAAAAUGUGGACACGGAAGGAUUGUUUCGGAAGGCUGGUUCAACCAAGCGUCAGCAACAGAUUAAGGCAGGAUUAGAGUCGGGCGUUCCGUUGGGCAAAUCACAUCACGUCAUUGACGUCGCCAACAUCAUAAAAACAUUCUUCCGGGAUCUGCCCGAACCGUUGCUACCGUCCGGCAAUGUGCAGGAAGCACUGAUCCGAUGUCUGCUCGGUGGCAGCGACGAUAAGGUGCACAAGCUGAUGAUGACCUGCCUGCUGUUGCCACCGAUAACGCUAAACACGCUCGCAUACUUUAUGCAGUUUUUGCAAACCGUUUCAAAGCACGCCGAAAAAAACAGGAUGACGGCGGAAAACUUGGCCAUCAUACUGACGCCGAGCAUCAUGCCUACGGCGGAACUGGUCCAGCAGCGGUUCAACAGUCAUGUAAAGGUGUUGCAGCUGCUGAUCGAAAAUUCGCAACAGAUUGGCCUGAUCCCGGACGCCAUUCUGUACCAGCUGAAGGACGAAGGUGGCGGCAUCAAUCUAAGCACGGCCACGAACGGUGUGAAUGAUAAAAAGAAGAAAAAGCGGCGCAGUGGUUCGUUGACGCGGAUGUUUAAUGGGUUUAAGAAGAUGGUCAGUGCGAUUGGAUCGUCGGAAAAUCUGGACAAAACCGAUGAAAAGGGUGAGAACGAUCAGACGCUGGUAGUCGGCACGCCUUGUCUGAGCAAAUCGGCCAAGAAACGGAAGGUAACAGAGGGAAUUGCAUUCAGCGCUAAGAAAAAGAAGGAGGUAACGUCCCUAUUGCCGGACAACCAUGAUCUUCUACCCUGCACGCCUCUUGUUAUUAAGGAACCGAAAAAGAGCCGCCUUAGCCUCGGCGGAAGUAAAAAGCCCAGCAAAGUGGUGCAACGCUUACUACCGACCGGUUCAAUACCUUCCAUUGCCGAGGGCAAACCAAUGGAACGACGCUGGAGCGUGGUCGGUGCACCGUGGGGACGUAAAAAACAGAACCGCAACAAACACCCGGACUCGGAAAGCAACAAAACGGACCCGAAGGUGGAAGAGGAAUUCGAAACAGAACCGGCGGGCAAUUCGCUUCUCCUAACAGCAGGAGGUCGUAUGUCACCAGUAGUGUCCAUGCCCUGUCUCGUCAGUGCCGAGGGUUUGUCUAGCACGGUCGACAAAAUCGAUGCCGAUGAAACCGAUGGCGGCGGCGAUGAUUUCCUUAAAAUUCGACGCAGCGAAUAUGAAGCGAUCAAGAAGCGAAUGUCCGACAUAGAGUCGAAGCUGUCGAAAGAGUUUACCGCGCUGGUCGGGCGCGACGAUGUGCUGCUGGACAACGUGGAGGACAAGUAUCGGCAAACGUUGGAACAGACGGAACCGAUCGAAGCAACGUGCGCCACAACGGAUCAGCUCGCGAAGCGGCUUAGCCGUGAGCUGAAGAUUCGACAAAGCGGUGAACACAAGGUGAUCCGAUCGCCGAGUGCCAGGAAAAUUGGUACCAUUCGUCGCCGGAGCCGAGAAGCUGUACGGUUAUCGCGCAACCAGUCCUGGCACGUGGGUAAUGGUGCACGAGAUUUGCCUGCCGCGCCGGUUACGACGGGCACGGUCGAUCUAUCCUUCUAUCCCAAGGCUGGAGUUUUGAAACGCGGUCGGCCAAACACGGUACAGAGUGGUUUGAAAGCUCCAGACCCGACAUCGACGUUACCGAUGAGCGGUGCGACAGUUGCGAUGGCAACGGUAAAGCAAGCCUCGAAACCACCGUCUCCAUGCGCCGCGGCGACGAGUGCAGGCGGAGGAAACUUCACCGACGAGGAAAAGGAAGAACAGUGGGUAAACGCGGAAAGCUACUUUGAAACGCACAACGUCACCGACGAAAACGCAUCGAGCGUAAUGGACUCGACGUCCGAAUUCCUAACCCCGUGUAAGGUGCUUAUGGAAGAUUACUUUAAAACACCGGAUAAAACUUCUCGCCGAGCAUCGUUACGGUCGGCUUCGAAACAGCAGCCACAGCAGCCGGGCAGCGCCUUCUGCACCCCCAACCAGCUAGUGUCGAGAAUCGACGUUAACAUCCAGGGAGCUGCUAAAACGCCCAUGCUACCACCGGUAGUGCCACCGCGUCUGAAAACACCCGCCCGAACACCGAAACUGCCACCGCGCACCCCGAGCAGCCUGCUCAAAUCACACAUUACCCCGCUGCAGGAGGCCCAGAGUGGGCGCGCAUCGAUCGCACGCAUCCGCAGCCAAAACGCGGGCAUGGUAAUGGCGAAGGCAAAGCUGUUCGAUGGUCUCGUCACGAACGCUGGCCUCGAUGUACCGUCCGCCGGUGGAGCGUCCUCCAAACGCACACCGAUCUCGAACCGUCGCCAGAGCACCAAGUUUCGUACGACAGCAAUUACAGCAGCAGCACCACCAUCGGCCGACACAGAAACUGCCGUUCACAUUCGCCAGAUACAGAAACUGCGAUCUUCCUCGGCACACUACCACGGAAGCGUGCGCAGCCCAAGGAAAUCGACCCCGCGCAAGCGUACCUUCACGAAAUCGGCCCACGGUGGAGGAAUAAAUCGACGCGAAAAGCUUCGCCAGGCAACGAAGGGAGGCUCGGCCGUGUCGUCGGCGGUGGGCAUACCCUCCAAAGCACUGCUCAACUCCCCCCGAACCAUCCGUCGGCUGCAGGAGAACGUGCAAGAGCAUCUGGCUGCGGCGAACGUGAAUGUCGUCUGUCUUUCCCCGAACGUGAAGGACAUGAACAGCGGCAAUCGAUCGGUAACGACAACGCCCCACAUCCGCAAACAGUUGCUGCGGAGCUCGCCGAGGCGCAUCCUUGCUGCGACACCUGGGCGAAACAAUCGGAUGUUGCCGCACGGCGGUGGUGGUGAUCGAUAUCAAACACCGCUGAAAGCUACUCCCUUGUCGCGCUUUGCCAUCUGUACCGCGCCCGGAUUCGAGAACAGUCCCGAACGAACGUCCCACCCACGGGCGGCCAAUGUUCGUUAGGGCGGUCGGUCCGACACACCUUUAAGAGAUACAAGACAGAUAUUCGUUCUACUAGUGCCAGCACCGUUUUAACUUAAACAAACAAAUCACGCACAGAUUCGUUGCUUUCUUUGAAAGGAUUUUAAAUUUAUCUCUCACUACUAAAGCGUAGACAAAUUGACGUAGACCAUAUCGCAAACAAAUCGUAGUAGGGAGUGACCCCUGAAAGAGUGCGUUCUUUAUAUCGGACAAAUAUAGUGUAUUUAAGGCUGUAUAUGUACCAGAAA